UGUUUUCUGGUGGCCACUCUAGCUUCCGCUCUGUCGCUUCUAUUCGUCACCGGGAGGAAGACGGCGCUGGCUGCCCAGAGGCCCACGAGGAGGUGCAGUUAUGGGUGCUGUCGCUGUGGAUUGUUAUUUUAUGUCAGUAAGUAAUCCAUGAAGUUCCAACAUGGGAAAGAAACGGACAAAGGGAAAAACUGUUCCAAUUGAUGAUUCUUCUGAAUCUUUAGAGCCUGUGUGCAGACACGUUAGAAAAGGGUUGGAACAAGGUGGUUUGAGAAAGGCCUUAGUGAACGUGGAAUGGAAUAUUUGCCAAGACUGUAAGACGGACAGUAAAGUAAAAGAUAAAUCUGAAGAAACAACGGAAGAAAGCCCUUCAGUUUGGCUGUGUCUGAAAUGUGGCCAUCAGGGCUGUGGCCGGAACUCUCAGGAGCAGCACGCCUUGAAGCACUACAUGACGCCGAGGUCCGACACUCACUGUCUGGUCCUCAGUCUGGACAGCUGGAGUGUGUGGUGUUACCUGUGUGAUGAUGAGGUCCAGUAUUGCACGUCACACCGUUUGGGCCAGGUGGUUGAUUAUAUUAGGAAACAAGCCUGCAUUACACCACCAGAGUCAGCAACAAAAAAUAAUGGUAACAUUGAACUUGAAAAUAAAAAAUUAGAAAAGGAGAGUAAAAAUGAACAAGAGAGAGAGAAAAAGGAAAACACAGCUAAAGAAACUCCCACGAAUUUUACUUCCCAACUGACUGUGAAGGGGCUCAGUAAUCUGGGAAAUACAUGUUUCUUCAAUGCGGUUAUGCAGAAUUUGUCACAGACACCAGCGCUGAGAGAACUACUAAAAGAAGUAAAAAUGUCUGGAACCAUUGUAAAAAUUGAACCACCUGACUUGACACUAACAGAGCCCUUGGAAAUCCACCUUGAGCCCCCAGGUCCCCUGACCGUAGCCAUGAGCCAGUUCCUCACUGAGAUGCAGGAGGCCAAGAAGGGUGUGGUCACGCCCAAGGAGCUGUUCUCCCAGGUCUGUAGAAAAGCAGUGCGUUUUAAAGGCUAUCAGCAGCAAGACAGCCAGGAGCUGCUCCGAUAUCUACUGGACGGCAUGAGAGCAGAAGAACACCAAAGAGUGAGUAAAGGAAUUCUUAAAGCAUUUGGUAAUUCUACUGAAAAAUUGGAUGAAGAACUAAAAAACAAAGUUAAAGAUUAUGAAAAGAAAACAUCAGUACCAAGUUUUGUGGACCGCAUCUUUGGUGGUGAACUAACUAGCACGAUCAUGUGUGAUGAAUGCGGAACGGUCUCCUUGGUCCAUGAGUCUUUCCUUGACUUGUCACUACCAGUUUUAGACGAUCAGAGUGGUAAGAAAAGCAUAAGUGAUAAAAAUCUGAAAAAGACAAUGGAGAAUGACGAAAAAGAGAGCGAUGAAGAAAAAGAUAACGACAGUUACAUAAAAGAAAGAAAAGAGAGAAAUGACGUUCUGUCGGGAACAAGUAAGCACUUACAGAAGCAAGCCAAGAAGCAGGCCAAGAAGCAGGCCAAGAAGCAAGCCAAGAACCAGCGAAGGCAACAAAAAAUUCAAGGAAAACUUUUUCAUUUAAGUGAUAUCUGUACCAUUGACCAUCCUGAAGAUAAUGAAUGUGACGUUGAAAUGUCAGUUCAGGUGGAAACGGAUAUUAGAUCCGAUGACGUCUCACAAGAGGACUUUAUCAAUAAAGAAUAUUGUGUUAAUCAGAAAGACUUGAAUGGCCAAGAAAAGAUGGUAGAAAGUGUAACUGACAAUCAGAAACGCACAGAAGAAGUGGAUAUGGAUAAUGAUCUGGAGGUUCUGUCACCUCCCGCCGAACACCCCGGGAAUUUAAACGGUGCCUGCGUGGGGGAGGGGAGCCCCGGGGAAGAGGACAUUGUGAGGGGUUUCAGGGGCCUGCACCUGGGGGCCGCUCUUCACCCUGACGACGUACAUCUAGAGGUUCUGAGUGGCGGCCCUGCCCGCGGGACCAGGGUGUGUGAGGCCGUGAACCAAGACCCAGCGACCGCGUUCUGCGCCCUCGCCAGCAGGCAGGCCGUGGGCGCCGACGAGGGCUCCGUCCAGCACUGCCUGCUCCAGUUCACGCGCAACGAGGACCUCCGCGGCGCCAACAAGCUGCUGUGUGAGGCGUGCACCCGGAGGCAGCACCACGGGGCCCCAGAGGCCGAUCCGGAAGGUGAAAAGAAACAUGUUUACACCAAUGCCAAAAAGCAGAUGCUCAUUUCUCUUGCUCCUCCUGUUCUCACCCUUCAUUUAAAAAGAUUUCAGCAGGCUGGUUUUAACCUACGCAAAAUUAACAAACACAUAAGAUUUCCGGAAAUCUUAGAUUUGGCUCCUUUUUGUACUGCUAAAUGUAAGAAUGUUGCCGAAGAAAGUACCAGGGUGCUGUACUCCCUGUACGGAGUCGUGGAGCACAGCGGCACCAUGCGGUCUGGGCACUACACCGCCUACGUCAAGGCGAGAAUGGCCAACGCUCGUCUGUCUCAUCUUGUUCUCCAUGGGGACAUCCCACAAGAUUCUGAAAUGGAAUCAACCAAAGGGCAGUGGUUUCACAUCAGCGACACCCAUGUACAAGCUGUGUCUACAGCUAAAGUGCUGAACUCACAGGCGUACCUCCUGUUUUACGAGAGAAUACUCUGAGUUUCAGCAAGUGCUUUCUCUGGAAACACGUUUAUGGCUUUUAUAACAGCUGUAAGAAUAAUAAACAAGUAAAGACUAAAUCAUGUCCACUUACAAUUAAGUCCAUGCCAGAAGAAAUCAUGUGCGUUGAGAUACUGAAGGGAAAGUGCCUGCAGGUUGACUGUGGUUUUGUACCCUCAGUGGCUUUUAAUUCCUGCUUCCAGGUCCUGGAAGGACUCUGGGUCACGUCCUCUGGCUCACGGGUCUGGUGGUGGGUUACACUGCAUCAAUAAACUGACUUACCCCCAAA